AGUUUAACUUCAUAAAUAUUUCCAAUAUAGAUAAGACAACAGAUUGAAAAUGAUGAAAAGAGACAAAGCUGGAUGUAACCAAGUUUUUCAGGACCAAAUUUGGAGAGAUUACAUUGGUCGUGAGUGGUGGAGCACUAUAGAGUGGCCCAAAAAAUACGGAUUUUUAUCAGAGGAAUCAAAGCUUCUCCAGAGGAACAUUCUUCAUUGUAGAAAAACGGGAGAAAUGAACUCAGAAGCAAGCUCGGCAUCUUCAAGCCCAGGAGAUACUGAAGAAAUUGCAGAGGCACCAAAAACCCAGCACCCACUCCCUACCUCUACUGCUCAUAUGAUAGGUUGGACACUGUCAAAACAGGAAAAUCCGGAAUAUAAGAAUGGCUAUAGCUCCAAUGUCAAGUACAGAAACUUCUUGGAUCCCCCCACCAAACACGGAAGAAAGAAACUGGAAGAAACACUAGGAAUUCCAGCAGAGGCAAUGAACUAAGAACUACUGUCAAUUCUACUCAGGAUGUUUACCAUAGUAACUUUAUAGGUUUAGGAUAUGAGACUUUUUUGUCAUUAAUUUUAAGGUUGGAGUGGACUUUAUAACAGAUAUCGUUUUAAUUUCAUUGAACACGAGUUCUUAUCUAUUUUAAACCUUGUCAAAGAAGUGAAGACUGCCCUAGGGUAGCUUUUAUCUUAAAAUAUAAUCACUUCUUAUCAGUUCUUGUAAAACAUUCUUUCACAUCAUAAGCAAUUGAUCAAUUUUAUUAGUUCA